AUGCCAAAAGGAGACUAUCCCUCAAUCGGAGAGUAUGCAGAAGCACAGAAGAAAUUGGGUAGCUGUUUGCCAGAAUUCCGGGCAACAAUGGUUAAAUCUUUACAAAUUGGGUCAACAUUUGGAGUUCCGUUCGGGCUCUAUGUGGCAUGGAGACAGCAUGGAACUCAUCUUAAACCGUUUCUUGGCAAAUCAUUUGCCACUUGGUUGACUUCCACAUUGACAUUUGCGUGUCUGGGAUUGAUGGGAGGUACAUACAACUGUCUUCGUGUCAAAUUCGAGUAG